CGCCGUCAUCACUUCUAUUUUGUAACCUUUGCCCCCUUUUCGUGUUCGUUCACUUGAUCGAGUGCAAGCCGGUUCGUGGUCAAAAUGUCGCUUCGUGUGCUGGUAGGAGUGAAAAGAGUCAUCGAUUAUGCCGUCAAGGUUCGGGUGCGGCCUGACAAGAUGGGCGUGGUCACGGACGGAGUCAAGCACAGUAUGAACCCCUUUGAUGAGAUCGCUGUGGAGGAGGCGGUACGACUCAAGGAGAAGAAGAUUGCUAAGGAGAUCGUCGCCGUCAGUUGUGGCCCUGCCAAAUGUCAGGAGACACUACGUACAGCACUGGCCAUGGGCGUGGACCGAGGAAUCCACGUGGAUAUCCCUGAUGCUGACUUUGAGAAGGUCCAACCGUACCACAUCUCCAAGCUACUGGCCAAGCUGGCUCAGGAGGAAGGAAUAGAUCUACUCAUCUUGGGAAAACAGGCCAUUGAUGACGACUGUAACCAAACGGGUCAGAUGACUGCGGCCCAUUUGGACUGGGCUCAGGGAACCUUCGCCUCAGAAAUCACAGUAGACGAUGGGCGUUUAAAGGUUCUUCGUGAGGUGGACGGGGGUCUUGAAACGAUAAAAGUCAAGAUGCCUGCAGUUGUGACGGCUGACUUGAGACUUAACGAACCCAGAUAUGCAACACUUCCCAAUAUUAUGAAAGCUAAGAAGAAGCCCAUAGCCAAGAAGACAGCAGCUGACUUGGGAGUUGACCUCGCUCCAAGAAUUGAGAUCCUCAGCGUCAACGACCCACCGGUCAGAGAAGCCGGUCAGAAGGUGGAAUCGGUAGAAGAUCUGGUGACCAAACUCAAGGAUGCGGGCGUUAUUUAACCCUCACAGAAGAAUUGCAGUCAUCAUUGAGGCAACAUGUGCAUGUAUUCAACAGUAUGGAAGGCUCCAGGCAACAAACUUUGGAUGUUUGUUUUUUGGAAACACAUCACAUGACAAGUUAAGAUCCAUUUCUUUUCUAUGGUGAAACAAAAAUCAUUACUCCUGGAGAAUUAAGAGUGCCUAAAACUGGGAACCUUUGAAAGUUCCAUCAAGAACUUUGUUUGUUCUCAUCGGGAACAUGAAAGUGUGUGAUAUUGUUCCCACAACAGCCAGAUAAGCAGAAUAGCAGAUGAGUAAUGUUGCAUUCUUUCUUAAAUUCUGACAACCGAUUCGAUUCUGUGAGACUGCAAAUGUGAUUUUAGAGAUUGGAAAUUUUACUUACUUCUCCCAAAGAUAAAAUUAUAUCCCUUUUAAUACGCAGUCCAUAUUUACCCAAAAAAUUACUUUUACAAUCAGGGACUUCCAUGGUGUUUUAUUAUUAGACUUUUUACCAAAAGGAUAAUGCGCUGUAUUUUGUGUAAAUACUAUACAUGCUGUGUUUGUUUUUCGAUUGUUUACUGGGACAAAAUGUUGUUUAAAGAGCAAAACGUGUUGAUUUUAAAUUUGAAGAAUUUUGAGUAUUAAGAGAGCGACGUGAUUUAUAUUUUCAGAUAAUCCUCCAACACAGAUCUAUUUGUAAUGGCUAUAACCUGGUAAAUGUUGUUUCCCGAUUUGCAUAAGCAUCAAAUUUGUUUUGAAAUGUUAGAUCUCACAACUGCAUGUGCCAACUGCCCUAUCCAAGACUACUAGUGACGCCAAAUUUCUUUGAACUGUCAUUGGACGGAUUUUGUUCACUUGGCCACCCAGCGUCAGUACUUUCGUGCGCACAUGAAUGUGUGAACAUAAAGGAGAAAUUGCUAAGCGUAACCAAACACACAUGCCCGUAAUUUGCCCCAAUCGACUGCAUAGUGCCGGAACAAGGUGGGGGUCAUUCAAAUAGCCCGCAUGCUCCCGUGCAUACAAGCACUGUGCGAUCGAUAUUCCCUGGUGUUCCUUGCGGGCAAUGUAGCAUUGUCACGCCGCAAUUUCCAGUUGCGUAAUCUUUUAAAUUUUCAACUCUCUAACUGCAUAAUUUUUCAUAAACUGUUGUCAAUCUUGGACAAUUUACAGUCUUUGGUAGCAAACAGGUUAUCCAAAAGUUAGCUAACAAAAUUCCCCAAAAGUCUAUAAAUGACGCCAUCAUAAGACGAUCAGAUUCAAAAUUAUGACCCCUCCAAUGAGUGUUGACUUUCUUUUUUUGACGGUGUUUAUUUCAAAUGUACGUACAUUUGAUAUGGGACCUGAAUGUACCCACAAUGCUUUGCAGCAUUUGUGUUUCCUUCACAAGUUGUUGUGAAUGGUAUUCACCGGCAACCUUAGAUAGGGCAGCGGGACGAAUGAAAUGAAGGGAGUGCAUGGUCAGGGACUGUAGGUAGUUUGUCAAAAGAGGGCGCUGUUUCUACAGUGUUGUAUAGGAUAGGAAACCAAGCAUGUGACUGCACACAAGGCCCCGUUAAUGUUGAAGCAUCGUGCUAGCUAUUGUGCAAAGCUACUGCCCCAUGAGGGAUUAUCUGAACAAUAGCUAGCACAAUGCUUUCCCCAUUGAGGGGGGCCACUGUGAUAGAAUUGACAGCGUGCCCAGAUUGGUUUGUUGGGACAGGAAUGUCAUGUAUGGGACACCUUAGUUAUGAUUCUCUCGUGUGGACAAGGACAAUGCAAUAAAAUGUAAUUACACAAUUGAGACAAAAUCGUUCAGAACUU